GCUUCAGGAAUGCCACGUGACAAAGAUGUUCUUCAAAAGCAGGGGCUGGCGGCAUAGUGAUGCCCACGCUCUUUAGUUUUCGGUUGUAGUGCCUGACCUGCCCAGAAAGCUGUGCACGAUGAUUGAGCCCUUCUUAGGCACCUGGAAACUGGUCUCCAGUGAAAACUUCGAGAAUUACGUGAGAGAACUCGGAGUGGAAUGUGAACCCCGGAAAGUUGCAUGCUUAAUAAAGCCAAGUGUUAGCAUUAGUUUCAAUGGAGAAAGGAUGGACAUCCAAGCAGGAAGUGCAUGCAGGAACACGGAGAUCUCCUUCAGGUUGGGGGAAGAAUUUGAAGAGACCACUGCAGACAACCGGAAAGUGAAGAGCCUUAUAACUUUUGAAGGUGGGUCAAUGAUCCAGGUCCAAAAAUGGCUUGGCAAACAGACAACAAUUAAAAGAAAAAUUGUGGAUGGAAAAAUGGUAGUGGAGUGCACCAUGAACAAUGUUGUCAGCACUAGGAUCUACGAAAGGGUGUAGCAGAAGGGUAGACACCAGCAAGACCUUGACCACCACAGAGCACUUGCUGCUGAAGAAAGCCAGCCCCAGGGACAGUGAUUUAAAACAUCACCAGCACAAUUUUUGCUCAAUAAAAGCACUAAUUGAAA